CAUCUCGUCCGUCGUCUCUCGGCUCCGUGCGAUCACCGAUCGCGACGAUCUUCCCGUCUCGCGAUUAUUUCUGCGACGCGAAAGUUUCGCCCGGAUUUAAAUUUCCGGAUAUAUCUCGUAUAUCUCGUUCACGUUCGAGAUCGGCCGUAUUCGCGUCCGCGAAUCGACACCCGACCAAAAAGAAAAUCGAGACAACCGUGAGAACUCGAGCGGUGAGCGGUCGACGAGCGCGAUUUACCGUUGACAGGGCUGUCCGCGUGUUGACUGACUUGACUUACGGACUCGGGACGCUUCGCAUCGCGUCGUUACUGGAAACAUGUAAGACGAGACGAAAGAGAACGGGGUCGGGAGAACGUCUUUCGGGCAAGCAGCAUCGCGAGACGAGGAACGCGAGAAAGGGAGAACGCGGGUACCCGCGACGUUGCCGCGGCGGGUGUCGAUCCGCUCCGGGCUCCGGACGCGCGCGUAUCAGAGAUCGCUCGAUCCCGGUGUAUACGCUCACGUCGUCGAUCCGUCGUUGUUCGUCGCCCGACGGCCGGAUCUUCGGUUCACGUUCGCGAGGAACGAGAUGCGAGACACGGGCCAUCGUCGGUGGCGCGUGUAAGAAUGCGAGGCUGAGAAAGGACCAGCCACGAGAGAACGCGCCACGUAGUCUCCUCUCCUUUCGCGCUUCCACGGGAAGAUCUCGAUCUCGUGAUACGGAUUCGGCGGCAUUCGGUUAAAAGAGAGUCCACGGGAUUUGUGCCGCACGCAACGCACGCUCGUCAUGUCAACGAGCUACCUGCUCGUGUCUUUGCUGAUCGUCGCGUGGCAAAGCGGCGCGCAAGCCAACUGGUGGUACUUGGGACUGGAACCGAGGCUGACAUCCGGCUCGAUUCAAGGGAGCGGCGUCGAUCCGCAGACGCAGAUCGCCGGCGCGGGUGUGAUCGGUCCAGCGAGUGCCGAAAAGAACUGUAAGAACGCGCACCUGACCGCCAAGCAGCAGGCAAUAUGCUCCCGCUCGCCACCCGUCCUGCAGGCAGUCAGCGCGGGCGCUAGACUCGCCAUAGAGGAGUGUCAGCACCAGUUUAGAUCAGCGAGAUGGAACUGUUCCGUCAGCCCGGAAAAUCCCGAGAACGUGUUUGGCGGCGUCACGUUAGUCAAUAGUCGAGAGGCCGCGUUCAUAUAUGCCAUAUCAGCAGCCGGGGUCGCUUACAGCGUCACGAGAGCUUGUUCCAGAGGCGAGCUCACCGAUUGCUCCUGCGACAAUCGAGUGAGAUCGCGACAUCCGAACAAUUGGCAAUGGGGAGGAUGCAGCGAGGAUAUACAAUUUGGUGAAAAAUUUUCGCGAGACUGGUCCGACAGUGGAGAGGAACCGGUGAAAGAAGGCGUUCUACACGGGCCGAAAGGGCUGGCUGGCCAGCUGAUGAGGAAACAUGAUAGUGAGGCCGGUAGACGUGCAAUUCGUUCUAGGAUGCAGCGCGUAUGCAAAUGUCACGGUAUGUCCGGUUCGUGCAGUGUGCGUGUGUGCUGGAGAAGACUUCCGGCAUUCAGGAUGGCCGGAGUCGCUUUGGCAGCUUUGCACGAGGGUGCCGCUCUGGUACGAUUGGCUCAACGCGGUGGAAGAAGACCAGCCAGACUCAAACCAGCGCGUCCUGAUCUUAAACGACCGAACAAGACGGAUCUAGUUUAUCUCGAGGACAGUCCUGAUUACUGUGAAAGGAAUCUUACACUCGGCAUUCCCGGUACACGAGGAAGAAUAUGCAAUCGGACGUCUCUUGGUCUUGAUGGAUGCCGGCUGCUGUGCUGUGGUCGAGGCUACCAAACGCGAGUGCGGGACGUCACCGAGAAAUGCAAAUGUCGAUUCGUCUGGUGCUGUCACGUAAAGUGCGAGUUGUGUCGACAUACACGGGAGGAGCACGUGUGUAAUUGACGAUAAAUGCAUUCCGGAGUUCGUUCGGCCUAUCUAUAGGAAAACGCGCUCACGUUUUAUUCUUUAAGUUUGAAUUAAUUAUUCGUUGCCACGCUUUACGUUGUAUAUCCUCGUUAGUUAACGCCGCAAGAGGCUACACAACGAUACGUUACGUCGAUGCUGUUUCCGCCUGAUAUAAUCAUAGUAAUUUCGAUUCUUCAGCAACUAUCGAUCGCAUAAGCAAAGCACAGCAAACGCUCUUAUUGAAGCAAAUACUUUGAAAAAUGUGAAUUACGAUACGAGAGCAUUCGCUUAUGCUUGACUUUGAGGCAUUUGCUUCUGUAAGAGACUAAAAAGAGAUAAAAAAUAUAUGCGAAGAAUUAUGAACGAUAAAUAUAAUAUUGUAUA